CCCUCUCUUCCUCGACGAGGCGAGAGCUUUUCGGUAUUCCGUCCGUCCCGCCUUGACAAACACGGGAUUGUACACCAAAACUCCCGUCCGUGCUUCUACAAAGAGACAUCACCUUUCCAGGCUGCUGCGAGAAAAGGGGUGACUUGUUUGCUUGGACUUGGUUGCUGGCUUCUCACUCGCGGUCAGGAUUUCUGCACAGACAUCAAUCUCCGUCUGCUGCUCAUCUCCAGAGAGUCAAAGACAAGCCAGCAACACCGGUCACAACAUCGACAACCAAGAAGCAGGCCAAGCCAGCGAGCGCCAUGACAGACCCAAUCGCCAACCUGGGCCUCUCGUGCCCAAAGUCAGGCCGCUUCUACAUCUGUUAUGACCAGCCGACUCGUUUCAUAGGCUGCUGUACCAUCAAUCCAUGCACCACCGACGACGGUCUCUGUCCUGACGAUGAUCUCCUGCCCUCCUCGUUUAGUUCCGACGCCUACCCCAAGAUCCUGGCACAGAAUUGUCUGGAUCCCGGAUUCCUCUGGUACACCUGUCGCGACUCCUCGCCACCCUUUCUGGGAUGCUGCUCCCAGGAUGCGUGUGAACAAACUGGCUGUCCGAGGGAUAAAGUCGGGGCGGCAGGUCUGAGCGGCAACAAGCUGCAAGCAGCCCCUUUCCUAUCUUCAGACUCCUCGUCAACAUCAUCAACGAGCAGGACUUCGUCGACAACGCUGAGCACGGCUAUAAGCACGACUGCGAGCACAACCAGAAGCGCCACCACCACCGCCACUCAGCCUGCUGCAGUGACACCUCCAGUGCAUAUCAAGCUCAGCAAAGGUGCCAUCGGAGGCAUCGUGGUCGGAGCAGUGGCGGGAGGAUGCAUCUUAGCCCUUGUGGCCGUUUGGGCUCUGAGGCAGCAGAAGAAGAAGAAGAGUCCACCCACCAUUACGGCCGCGCACAGCAGCGGCAGCGGCAGAAAGGACGAGUAUGGCGAGGACUCGCCGACCGAGUAUCAGGACGGGACAAGACACAGGCACACGCUGGGGGCCGGUGCCGCACAGAUGGCGCAAUCCCUCCAUGCUCAGCCUUCGCCGGGCCUCGAGUCGGUCAUCUCAGAGCUGCCUGCAUCACCGUCGACGCCAGGGAAUCGACACAUCAUCUCCAUGGGCAGCUCCGACGGCGUGACGGGCAGAGAGAGCGAGCUGUCCGGCCUUAGCGUUUCAACACAGCAGAACCCGCACCAGAAGCAGCACUCGCCGUUGAUACACCAGUCCCUGUUUGAGCUCGAGGACUCGUCGAGCCGUACAUUUGUGGGGAGGUAA